AGAGGCAAAGAUAAGAAAGCAGUAUAACAAAACCAUUUUCUAUCCAUUUAUCCAUCAGGCCACACUAACCCACCCAUGGCUUCCUCAUCUCUCUCCAAUUUCUUAUCUCUCUUCAUGCCCUCAAAACCCUCCCCAUCUCCCCCUAAACUCCCUCCUUCCCACCUCUCUCUCUCCACAGACUCAUCUGCUUUGAAACAAAAAGAGCCCCUGACCCCACUGAUCUCCAACUCAUGCCCCUCUAACGAAUUGAUGUCCGUGGUUUGCCCCUCUCUGCUUUACUCAAACACCCUUUUCUUCAGAUCAGCUUAUAAUGUUCAGGUCAUUGUGGAUGAUAAUGAGCCUGAAGAGAAGCUUUUGGGUAGGUUCAGGAGGGAAGUCAUGAGGGCUGGGAUCAUUCAGGAGUGUAAGAGGAGGAAGUAUCAUGAGAAUAAACAGGAUGAGAAGAAGCGAAAGACCCGAGAAGCUGCUAAGCGCAAUCGACGAAGGCGUACCCCAUUUCGAGCUGGGCCUCCAGAGAGGGUGGAUACUGCUAAGAGCAGCAAGAAGGAAGAAGAUGAGGACAACUGGGAACUUCCUCAAGGGGGCCUUCCCGGUUGAAUACAUCCACAAUAAUUUACUCUAUAAGAUUGUUUAGUACCCUUGAACAGGCUUAUGCCAAAUGUAAGUGUUACCUGAUGUCAUGUUAAUUAAGGAUUGCCUCGGUGUCCUUUUUGAAUUAGUAAAUGAGGGAAUGACUUUGCUUUCUUGCUUUA